CGCCGGCCGCAGCGCGCGACGCCGGACCUGGUGCGCGUGGUGCGCGUGGUGCGCGUGGUGGGCGGGGAGGGCGUAGGUUUCUUCGCCCUGCUUGUCCUCGGUCUUUUGCGAAGUUCGGGGCUCCCGGCUGUUGCAGGCUUCCUUCUUGUGCGGUGCCCAGAAGCAGGAACGCUCCACGAUGGACUGCUUGGCAAAGAAUCUGCGGGAAAUGAUGAAGGCGAUCAGUGGUCGCGGUUUUGACAAAGUUUUGGAAAAGGUGACUCUGGUCUCUGCUACCCCUGGGAAACUGGUUUGUGAAAUGAAAGUAGAAGACGGCCACGCCAAUAAGUAUGGCACUCUCCACGGGGGUAUGACGGCCACCUUAGUGGAUAACAUAUCCACGCUGGCUCUCCUAUCUGUAGAAGGGGGAGCACCGGGAGUCAGUGUCGACAUGAACAUAACGUACAUGUCACCUGCUAAAAUAGGAGAAGAAAUCGUGAUAACAGCAUAUGUCCUGAAGCAGGGAAAAACCCUUGCAUUUACCUCCGUGGAUGUGACGAAGAAGGCCACAGGAAAAUUAGUAGCACGAGGCAGACACACAAAACACGUGGGAAGCACAGAAUACCAGACUAUCACGAAGGUACCCGACAGCAAACACUAGGCGUUGACUUGAACAGAUGUAACUUUCAAAAUAAAUUAGCACAACCAGAA